UCGUUAGUUGGAGGUGUGAAAUUUUGUUUACAUUAUUUAAAGUUUAAAUUAAAUUAAGUUCAAAUUAAAGAUGUCGAAACAAGUGGAAACAACUUCACUCGUAUUAUAAAUCGCAUCCCUUCCGGCCCAGCAGCAUGCCUACGAUCAACGUGUCGUUCACGGAGGCACAGGUCAUCAAAAUGGUGCUGGAGUUUCUCGCCAAGCGGAACAUGAACAUCGCCAUGCUGUCGUUGGAGAGGGAGUCGGGAGUUAUAAACGGCAACUAUUCGGAUGACAUGUUGUUCCUGAGGCAGCUCGUCCUUGAUGGACAGUGGGAAGACGCCAUUGAGUUUAUUCAGCCGCUGACUGAGAUGGAUUCCUUUGAUUACAAACAUUUUCAGUACAUUCUAUUCAAACACAAGUAUUUGGAACUGCUUUGUCUAAAAUCGGAAUCAGGAAAUACACAGGCCUAUGAAAAUAUGGUUGAUGACAUUAUAAAGUGUGUGAACCAGUUAGAAAGUUUGUGUCCGACGAAGGACGAGUUCAACAGUUUGUGCCUGCUCAUGUCAGUUUCUGAUUUCUGUAGCCAUCAACAGUUUACUAACUGGAAUCCUAGUAACGCUAGGGUGGAGUGUUUCAAUGAGGUUUACCCAUUGGUUCAACACCUGCUAGUGAAAGAAGUCGAUAAGAAGAAGCAGACGUCAAAUGAUGAGUGUUCAACAGAAGAUAGGUUGGUGCAAUUGUUGGUAAAGGGUCUGCUCUAUGAAUCCUGUGUUACAUUCUGUCAAAAAAGAGCAACAACAAAUGAGGAUGACGAGGUCGAUGAUGAUUAUGAUGAUUAUGGUCAAAUAAAAAUUCCAAAUUUGCUUUCUAGUGGGGGUUGCAGGGAUGGAGAUGUCAGCCUGGUUUCCUGGCUUCAGGUCAGUUGGUAUCAGCUGUUUGAUGUCUUUUUCAAAGUUGUUUGGUGAUGCAUUGAUUAGCCAUAAUUAAGUUUGUUUAUAUCAUGAAAUAAUAAUUAAUAAAAAAUAAUACACACUGCUAAUGUAUGUUUGUUAUAUGAAUGCUUUUUUAAUUUUACAACAAAACCAUGUCUUUACUUUUUAUGUACACAUCCUUACUUAUUUAAGCAAUGCUUACAUUCUUUAUUCAAUAAUACUUUUAAUCUGUCAGGUUCAGUAAACAUAGGAUUCCAGUAGUUA